AUGUUUAGACCUCCAUGCGAAAUUCCGGCGAUGAAAGGUCUUGAGCACAAGAGCUACGUAGGCCUUAAAGCAACAUUGUAUAACGCGAGAGCUAACCCUUUACGAAUCACAGAAGUUGCGUGUCGAGUGAAAAUAAUCGACUCCACCAUAAUAUCACCGGUCAAUGCUCCUGAGGCGCAUCCACUUUUGGCUAAAUCAGCGGCUCCUGUGAUUGAUAAGCCUCUUCAGCUAAGCCGACGUCCACGUCGUAACCGCUGUUCCCCUACUCAGAGAGCUGCCUUUCAAGAAACUAAUAUCUCUCCAGUAAAUUUAAUAUAUCCACUCUUCAUUCAUCAAGGUGAGGUAGAUAUUCCAAUAAAAGCGAUGCCUGGACGUUACAUGCUUAGCAAACGUGGCCUCGUCGAAGAAGUUGCAAGGGCACGAGAUGUUGGUGUAAAUAGCAUAAAGUUGUAUCCUAAAAUUCCUGAUGCGUUAAAGUCUCCAACAGGGGAAGAGGCGUUCAACGACGACGGUCUAGUGCCACAAACAGUUCGUCUUCUCAAGGACAAAUUCCCUGAUCUUGUUAUCUACACUGAUGUCAAUUUUGAUGAGUACUCACCAAGUGGACACGGUGGGAUCGUAAGAGAAGAUGGCGUCAUACUGAAUGAUGAAACAAUUUACCAAUUGUGCAAACAAGCAGUUUGUCAGGCCCGUGCUGGAUCAGAUGUUGUUUGUACCAGUGAGAUGUUGGAUGGCCGUGUAGGUGCGGUUCGUGCAGCUUUAGAUGCUGAGAACUUUCAACAUGUUUCCAUCAUGUCUUACUCUGUCAAGUACGCAAGUUCAUUGUACGGCCGUUUUCGCCAAGUGCAAUUGGACAAGAAAACAUAUCAGAUAAACCCAGCAAACUCGAGAGAGGCAUUGAUGGAAGCACGAGAAGACGAAGCUGAAGGAGCUGAUAUCCUAAUGGUGAAACCAGCGCUCCCUUCACUCGAUAUCAUACGUUUAUUGAAGGACCAAACUCUGUUGCCAAUUGGAGCUGUCCAAGUUUCAGGUGAGUACUCCAUGAUCAAAGCCGCCGGAUAUCUCAGUAUGACUGAUGAGGAAAAAGUUAUGAUGGAGUCAUUGAUCUGCAUACGUCGAGCUGGUGCAGAUCUCAUUGUUACUUACUUUGCUCUUCAAGCUGCUGCAAUAUUGUGCGGCGAGAGUAGACCGUUUCCAUUUAACAACUGA